GUGGAUUGCUAAAACCCUAAAAAAGAGUUGCUCGUCUCAUUUCUUGGAAGAACUACUCACAAGUUGAAGUGAGGGAGUGAGAAUGAGCAAAUCGCAAUCACUCUCGUGGUCGCGUCUCAUCUUCAAUCAAGCAAUCAAGAAAACCCCCAAGGCCACUGGGUACCAGCGGACCUUACCACACUUGACCACCCGAACCUAUUCGGCAGCACCACCCCCAAUUUCGGGUGUCACCCCCUUGAUCGACAAGCUCAAGGACACCGGGAAUGUCUAUCAUGAGCCCACCGAUUCCGAUAGCGACGACGACGACGAGCGCUUCACUCCGGAUGCCGUCAUCGAGAGGUUUGAUGAGUUUCAGAGGAAGUUCAACCGGCACGAGGAAUUGCUCAAGAAAUUCACAGACGCCGUGACACUUGAUGAUGCUUUUAAAUGGAUGACUAAGAUUGAUAAGUUUGAGCAAAAACAUUUCCGGCUUCGCGCUGAAUAUCGAGUCAUUGGUGAAUUGAUGAACCGUCUAAAAGCAGCUGAGGGCAAGGACAAAUUCAUUCUGCAGCACAAACUCAACAGGGCUAUGCGAUUAGUGGAGUGGAAAGAUGCCUAUGAUCCUAACAAUCCUGCCAACUACGGAGUCAUUCAGGACUCCCCAUUGGAUGUUCAAGAAGAUGCUGCAACUGAAAAAGAUAAUAAAACCAUUCGACAAGCUGAUGAUGAUGAAUUCGAUGACAUGAAGGACAGAGAUGACAUACUGUUAGAGAAGCUAAAUGCUAUUGACAAGAAACUUGAAGAGAAGCUAGCAGUGUUGGAUCAUACAUUUGGGAAAAAGGGAAAGCUUCUUGAGGAAGAGAUCAGAGAUCUAGCAGAGGAAAGAAAUGAAUUGACGGAGAAGAAGAGACAACCUCGCUAUAGGAAAGGUUUCGAUGUUAGAUUAAUUGAUGUGAAUCGGACUUGUAAAGUUACUAAGGGAGGGCAAGUGGUUAAAUUUUCUGCUAUAUUAGUUUGUGGGAACUAUCAUGGUGUUGUUGGUUAUGCCAAAGCGAAAGGUCCAGCUGUCGCUACCGCCCUCCAGAAGGCGUAUGAGAAAUGCUUUCAGAAUCUCCAUUAUGUGGAACGACAUGAAGAGCAUACAAUUGCGCAUGCAAUACAAACUGCAUAUAAAAAAACAAAGGUGUAUCUCUGGCCUGCACCGACUAGGACGGGUAUGAAAGCGGGAAGAACUGUAGAAACCAUUCUAAACUUGGCUGGUUUCAAUAAUGUCAAGUCUAAGGUUGUUGGUUCAAGGAAUCCUCAUAAUACAGUGAAAGCUGUUUUCCAAGCCCUUAAUGCGAUUGAAACCCCUAAGGAUAUUCAAGAAAAGUAUGGACGCACUGUUGUUGAGAAGCACCUUCAAUCAUAGAUGAUGUGGUGUUCUGUGUUAUAGUUUGUCAGAUUAGACUAUAAAAUUAAUUAAUUUUGUUUUUUGGUAAAACGAACGUUCCUUGUUUUGUCGUUGAUAAAACAACGAUCCAGACAAAAGUGUCAUUUAGGGAUAAAAAUCGGAGCUCUUUCUGCGACCACUGUAGGAGCGUCAAAAGGAUUGACUGCCAAUGUUGCUGUUUAAACUUGGAAGUAUUUGUUCAUCUUUUUGUGAAACCAAAAACCCAUCAGUAAUACCUUUGUAUUGAGGAA